UUCUUUUGGUGUUAUUUACUCCAGGUUAUGGAAAUGUAGCUCCCAAGUCCAUGUGGGGCAAAGUUUUCUGCAUCAUCUACACAUUUUUUGGACUGCCUCUCAACCUGGUCAUGAUGCGACUUCUCAGCCUGAAACUCAGACGCGGAUUGAGGAGAACUCUUAAAUUCGUCCAGCAACGUUAUCCCCUGAAAAUUUGGCUUUUGUGGCUGUCCGGGAUGCUCUUCUAUUUAGUCUUCAUCAUAGUAUUCUUCCUCGUGCCAGCGGGUAUAUUUACUUAUGCAGAAAUGUGGACUUAUGCUCAAGGAAUUUAUUUUAGCUUCGUUUCUCUAGCAACAAUUGGCCUCGGCGAUUAUGUGGCAGAUGUGUCUUCAAGUCGUUCAGAACAAACUUUUUAUCCAAUUUAUGUGGUCCUCAUGUUGAUCUGGCUGGUAUUUGGCAUCGCAUUCCUUUCAAUGACCGUGAAUUUGCUUUCUUAUAUACUUGGAAGCAAUCUUCUGGAUAAGCUGGAUUGCAAGUGCAGGGUCAGAUACUCAGCGAAGAGUACAUUGAGACCUGUCAUUUCCAACGUCGCUGAACUAAACUGGCAGUUAGCCAAGUAUACACCCUUGGGAUUUAGAAAUUCCAGAAAUGUUCAAGAAUUCGAAGAACUUUGCAUUUCGAAUCCGCAAAAUGUCACACCACACAAUUUGAAAAGCAUGUUAAAUUUAAUUUAUGACUUGAGGGAAGUAUGCUAUGAUCAGCUUGAAAUCUUGGACUUAGACGAAUCUGAUGCUAUUGAAAGUCAAAUUGAAAUCGUCACUGACACUGAAGAUGACUAAUUAAGGGCAGCAAAGGGCGACUAACGGCAGCAAAGUUGUAAAGCUAAACAAUCAAGGAAUAUUUACAGAUUUGCAUAAAAACCGCUAAAGUAAAAGUCGUAGAAAAGUAUGUUCAUCCUAUAGUGCAGAACAUAGUAUACAGGGCGAUUCACUACCAGAUCGACAAACUUGCAGGAUGUGUAGAGGGUACAAAGACGACUCGGAAUCACGUAGGAAUGCAG